AUGAACACAUCCAUAUCAUCUAUUCGUAGCACAAACAAGUACCAAAACUCUCAUCGGUUUCAUCUGAAAUACCCCCCGGAAAGACAUUACUCUUCCAUUGAUAAUGGCUGCAGUAAAGACGAGACAGACGAGCUUAAUGACAAGGACGAUUCUAAAGAAAAUGGCUACUCCAGUGAGAAUGUGAACUCUCUUUUACAUAUAACCCCUCGUUUUCUCACUAGAAAAGAAUUCGAACGUCUUCAUCGCCUAUCCGCUCUCAUUCCACCGGAAAAAGGAUCAAAAGAAGAAGCUAUACUCCUCAAAGAGCUCAGUGGAUUGUUAGGACUUAUGGACUUGGUCAAAGAUGUUGAUAUGGAAUUUAAGGAUGAUGAAGAGAGGGAAAGGAUGAUAAGGGAUUUGUUAUCGGAUACAGGGACGGAGGUGGUUAUUGAUGGUACAGGCGGGGAAGUUUCUUGA